GCCGAGCGUGACACGUUUGUCAGCUUCUCGCAGUUUCUGACUGACACAGACAAGGUCAGCUAUGCUGGCUUCGAGACCACGAGCGUCGCAAACGAAGCAGCAUUCAAGGAAAUCCAUGGCCACAUCCUCAAGAUGUACAGUGGAAUCAAGAACCCUCAGAAGAUCCAGAGCUUUGCCCUCGAUGAUGACUACGGCGACUGCAUCCCCAUCUUGGAGCAGCCCUCUGUCCACUUGCAAGGCAUUAAAGAACUGGCGCCGCCCCCCGCAGCAGGAAACGGCAACGCCACUGGCUCACCAUCCAUCAACGGCGGCCAGCUGCAAGGGGUGCCGUCGAUCCUGAGCCUCGGGCUCAAGGACCGCUUCGGCAACGCCGUCCAGUGCCCGGCGGGCACGAUCCCCAUGCAGCGGCUGACGGCCGAGCGGCUGACGCGCUUCAAAAAUCUGACCGACUUCUUCCGCAAGCCGAACCAGGACGAGCUGGAUGACAGAAAAAUCAGCAAGCGCGCCCUCCCGCACAGCUAUGCGCGCGUCACCGACACCGUCACUAACUUUGGCGGCAACUCGUGGAUGAACCUGUGGCAGCCCAACGCCUAUUUCUCCAUCUCGCAGCACUGGUACGUCGUCAACGUGCCCCACCAGACCGUCGAGGGCGGCUGGACGGUCAACCGGCAGAAGUGGGACAGCAAGCCGCGGCUCUUCAUCUUCUGGACCCCCGACGACUACGCCACUGGGUGCUGGAACCUCGACUGCUCGGGCUUCGUGCAGACGAACAACAACUGGCACCUGGGCGGGCCAUGGUCGCCCAUCUCAACCCGCGACGGCACCCAGUACGGAUUUACACUGCAGUGGAAGCUGUACAGGGGCAACUGGUGGCUCUUCCUGGCCGGCAGCGGUUCCAUCGAGGCAGUCGGGUACUACCCCGCGAGCAUCUACAAGAACGGGCCCAUCACGCAGAAGGCCGACUUUGCGAAAUGGGGCGGAGAGGUGGCUGCGGACAGCAGCGGCAACUUUGGCGAGAUGGGCAGCGGCAAGUUCCCGUCUGAAGGCUUUGGUAGGGCCGCGUACCAGCAGACCAUUUUCACCCUGCCCAAAGACGAGGAUGGUGGCUCUGGUGUCUGGGCCGGGCUCCAGAGCUUG